GAAUUCAAACUCCCGGAAGUGGAAGGGGAUCCGCCCCGCCGCGGCUCCGCUGCGGCUCCGCUGUUGCUCCGCUGCUCCGCUCCGAUGUUCGCGAGAUGGCCUCAAAGACAGCCAAAGACCUACUUAAGAGCAAGUGGGGUUUAAAGACCAACAACUCCAAAUCCGAAGCCGAACUAGAGAAGUGUAAAAGAGAUAAUGAAGCCUCCAAAAAGGACAUUCCGGGUGGAAAGGGAAGGCUGACAGAUGAGGAAAGAAAUAGACUGCUAGAGAAGAUCCUUUCACUCGAAACUGAGAAGGAAAAGAAUUGUCAUCACCUCGUAGAGAAAGACAGAGAGAUUCAGCGGCUAAAAGAUCAGCUGGGGUGCAAAAACUGCCCCGGUGUGGAACUGGAUGACUUUGAGGAGAAAGCAAGAGAGACGAAGAGGAGAGAGCAGCUCUUGAAGUCCUUCUCCGAAGAAACCGAUAUUCUGAAAAAACAGUUAUCAACGGCAACGACGAGACUCUCUGAACUGGAAAGCAAGGCCAGUGCGGUGCAGUUAACCCAGAAAAUGGCCUUGAACUGCAAUAACCCGCCACCGGAAGAUAUCGGAGAUGUGGAGUUGCGGCUGAAAGACGCCCUGGAGAAAAAUCAGCAGUGGCUCAAGUACGAUCAGCAGCGAGAGGUCUACGUAAGAAGCCUCCUGGCAAAAAUCAUCCAAUUGGAACAACAGGCAGCAGCUGUUGCUGAGCCCCUCCCAAAGAAAGCGGACGAGAGCAAUUCCGAAGGUUAUCUGUUGGAAGAAAAGCAAAAAUACUAUGACCGGCUGUUACUAGCUGCUAAAAAGGAUCUCGAAGUAGAACGGCAAACCAUCACACGACUGAGGUUCGACCUUAAUGAAUUUCAAAGGAAAUAUGAAGAAGCCAAGAAGGAGGUGUGCGAUUUAAGCAAUCGCCUGCAUUCGCAAAGAGAAGCGGAUGGUCAGAGUCUAGAAGACCAAAGUAGAAUGGAGAAAAUACAAAGGCUGAAGAAGGAAAAUGAACUCUCCAGAAGGAAAUUGGAAGAAGAAAAGAAAAGGUCUGAAGAACUCUUAUCUCAGAUACAGUUUCUGUAUACUUGCUUAUCAAAGCAUGAAGAAGAGCACACGAGGGUAACUUGGAUGGAGCAACAGAUCCAGGCAUGUACUGCCGACUUUGAAAAUGAAAAACUCGAUCGUCAGAACAUGCAGCGUCAGCUACAUAAAGUCCUCAUGGAGCUCCGCAGAGCCCGGGAGCAGAUAACACAUCUGGAACCCCUGAAACAGCUCUGUGACUUUGCGCAUCUAGAAUCCCUAAAGCAGUUCCAAGGAGAGCAGGGAGCCAAGUUGAAAAAUGCCGUCACCCCCACGCGAUGCUCCAGCCUGUUAGAAGAAAGCUUCUUGGAGUGUCCGAAGUGUCAGAUGCAGUACCCGACGAGCCAACACAGAGAACUGCUAGCCCAUAUUGAUUACUGUGCAAAUUAGACUCCCCUUUUGUUCCAGGCAUCUAAUCUCCUCCAUCGGCAGGCCGGCUUCUGACUGAUUACCUUUUAAACUUGUAUAACCUACUCAAAUUCUAGGCAAAAUAUGUUUGUCUGGGCCAUUUUAUCUUUUCUUUGGCAAUUGUGUUAACCGGAAUGGCCACUCCUUGGGCCUUUCGGCACCAUCUGGGGCCUCAAUCCCAGCCCCUUAAGCGUGGACGGCUUCUCCAUCCACCGUCCUCCCCGCACCCCUGGCAGUAUCUCCCAGGGCAUGUCCACCUCCAGCCUCCCCACCUAUACCCCCAUCCCAACCCCCUCACCCGCGCUCUGGGUGGCUUUCACUCCUACCUAUCCAAACGUGAAGCUUUGGUAACUGGACAGGAAGUGGGGGGAAGGAGAGGGCCAGAGGAGCCUCCCGUCUGCUCUCCCCUCCUUGACCUUCCCAUUCCUUGAGGGUGAAGAGAGGGGACUGGGGCCUUGACCAGACCCGAGCAGCCCAGGACUAGGGAAAGCGGCGGGAAUACUGCUUUAACUGCCCACACCGACGGUUUCUUACAUCCGCAGAGAUAAAUUAGUGUAUACUGUAUAUUGGAAACUACUGACAUUUUGCACUGUAUGGAAUAUUCAUUGGAAAUAAUGAAAGUACAUAUCUACUUGUGUUACUCUUGGGGUGUUAUUUUUAUGCUUUUAUAUCCAAAUACCCGUGUUCAGUGGCAGCGAAAUAGUAACCCGGAAACUAGCGUGUGUUCAGCGUAAGACCUGAAAAUAAAUGAAUUCUAGGACUUUUCCCACUUUGUUUAGGUCAAGCGCCUAGGACUCAGGUCCGGAUGCCCUGUCAAAAUCUUGGGUGCUAUUUUUCAGUAUCUCACGUGAUGUGAUAUGGCGGCCACCACAAAUUGUGGGGUGUUUAGGAAUUUUUGCUAUUUUAUUGCAGCUUUUAAUAGUUUGCCUUUCUUUUGUACCCUGGGUCUUAACCUCACCUGCACCACCUGCACACACCUGGUGCUUGUUAAGUUUCACCUUUAAACUGACAAUUAAUCAGUAUCUUGCAAACAGAUAUUGGUCUUCCAAAAAUUUAAAAUUAAAACUAUUGAAGCAUCUACUAUCUCAUUGGAAAAAAAAUGAGGUGUGUUAUUUAUUUUUCUUGAUGUGCACUUCAGUAUUUCACAGCUUCAAGUUGGGGAAUAUGUAUAUCGGAACUCUUGCUUUCUCGAACAAAUAUAUUUUUACAGGCUGUCGUACAAACUCAGUGUUGGUUUUUUUUAAUGUUUUUGUCACAUUGUUUGAAACUGGAUUGUUUUUGAAAGUGAUCUAAAAGAGGAAUAAACGUUUUAACCAGAAACUCUUCACA